CCCGGGUCACGUCGGGUGGGUCCCGCACUAGAGUCUGUAAAUACCCCGGACGCUGAACCACCACACGGGCCUCAGACCGGGCUGUGCUGGUUUCAGUCGUUUAUUUCCCCCCAGGUUCAGUCUUUUUGGGUUUCGUGUGAUCGGGAGCAUGGAGCUGGACCGGCGGCUGCUGCUGGCCCACUGUGCGGUCCACGCCCUGUCCAUCGUAGCCGGGCUGCUGGUGGUCGUGCCCAUGGCUCUCAACGGCUCCGCGUUCAAAGGCCGCUGCGCCCUCUUCACCACCGGCUACUGGAGGAGCGAGAGCCGGGCCGAGGCGCCGGAGCAGCCGGGGGACGUCUCCCAGCUGCUGGUGCAGCAGUGGGGGCCACUCGCCGCCUGCCAGUUCGCCACGUUCGUGGGUAUUUUCUCGGUGCUGUACGGGGCAGCGCAGGGCUGGAGGAGUCUCUUCUACCUGCACGGACGACACGACGACACCCUGUUUUCCUCCUUCCUGACUGUGCUGCUGAGUGUGUGCGUGCUCUUCCUGUCUGGGGGGGCCAGUGUCCUCUUGUCUCUGGGUCUGGCCUCGUGGUGCGACACUGUGACUGACAACAACACACGACCCUACAGCUGUGCAGAGUCCCAGUCUGUUCCCUUGUAUCUGGAUGUGGACACCUCCUCUUUCUACACACAGCUCAAUCUGGCUCAGAUUUCUCUGUGGGGUGUGACGGCUCUGUGGCUGGCUCAGUCGAUCCUGGCUUUCCUGCGGCUCUACCACUCCCACAGCGGGCACAUCAGUGGGCCGUGUCUUCCCCGGGAGAAGGAGCUCCUCCUGGAAUACAGUCCAUCUGAGAGUGGCAGCUCGCCCUCACCUCCACUUCCCCCGGUGACACCCACCAUCUUAGUCUGAGUCAGAGGGAAUGAGGUAGUGCUGUAUGGUGUUAACCUUAGCCCCAAUAUCUAAAUUAAUACAGUUCUUCACAGCAUGUAGGUUAUGAAUAUCUUGAGUAUAGUUUACUGGAGUAAAAAUCAGCUGAUAUGUAACAAGAAACUUUAAUGUUAGGUUUAUGUUUCCACUGUAACGCAGAUCAAAAUACUUUGAUUACCAAAUUUAAGGGAUCUUUAAGAUAAAUGUUUUAAUUGGUCUUUGUUUUUAAAAUGGAUAUUGGUACCAUCCACAGUGAAAAAUACAAUAUCCUCCAGGCUUUAUUACAUAAUCAUAUGAUGUUUGAGCAGGGUCAACAUCACUUACAUAACUGCCUUGCUAACUAAAGCACGCAUCACCUCAUAGUGACUCUUUCUCCAUGUGUUAGAGCUGAUUCACGGCACUGAUGACGUCACAAACAGAAAAAUGUUUCAGUGUACUCAGGAUGCAUGGUUGUUUACAGCUCUGCUUGAGUUUAACCGUUUGCACAGUUGUAUCCUCAUCAGGGAGAAUACACUUUGUUUGUUGUUUUUGUUCCAAGUGUGUAAUUCAGAUGUAGCACUGAGGCGCUUUUAUUGUGAAGCAUGUGGUAAGAGUGUGACUGAGCCACCGUGUAUGUGAAACAGGCUCACUGUGUGAGCAUGACCUCAAUGUUCUGUUGUGUAACAGAAAAAUGUCUGCUGACUCUCUCCUCUUGUGAUGAUUUCUAUAUGAUGCUGUUUUUGUGGAUACAACCGCUCUCAGGGCAUUAAUGAAUCAGACAAAUCUCCUCUAAUGAUUUUGGCAGAGUCUGUCGAAGAUGAAUUUAGGAGUUCGACUUUCAAGGAAUUGUGAGAGUUUCCUGUUGAGAGAGAUUUGUGUGGAGCCCAAAGGUUCAGUGAAGAAGACAGAAAUUACUAAGAUGCUGAGUUUUUGUAAACAAAUUGUUCUUAGCUGUUUUGAAGUUUCUUUCUCUGUGACUGAAGUGGUUGUAAUGAAACGCAGACAGCGGAGCAAGAAAUCUGAAGUUUACAGAGACGAGACAGCGUUGUGACUUGAAAUCAAAUGUAACAUAUGAAAACUUUUGUAUUAUAACUGACUAUGGUCUUGCUUUUUACCUCUUGCACCCGUUUGUGCUUAUUCAUAUUUAUGUUUUUUGCACUUGUCUUGAUUA